AUGGUAUGGCGCAAAGGACACCAAAGUGAUGACAUUGAAAACAAAAAGGCCCAUGAGGAGACCACCAAAGGUAUUGGUAAAGACCGUGUUACUUGGGAGGUAAGAAGAAUGAGUGAUAAGAAUGAAGAGAGAAGAGGGAUGAAAGAGCGAAUCAAGAAAGAAUGGCAGCAAGAAUGGGAUAACGGAAUGACAGGGCGACUGCUGUACAGAUUUUGUAGAGCAGUCGCGUAUGAAGCACUGAAUCUGUCGAGAAAGGCUGUUCAACUAUGCACAGGGCACGGUAACUUUUCGGAUUACCUGGCUAGAAUCAACCUGAGGCCGGAGGUGCCUUGCCCAUGUUCCACCAACUUAGUCGGAAAAUUCACACAGAGCGUGAGAAGAAUAGUGCAGGAUGUGAAAGAUGAGGGAACAGCAACUGGAGCAACCAAAGAGGAAGUUAUAGAAACAAACGAGAGAUUGCGUGCUGUGAGGGUGCGAAUGGAUGAAUCGUACGACACUGCAAAAAAGGCGUUAGUUGGUUUGAUGGGAAAGUAUAACGAUAGCAAAACCGUUCAUAAUAUAUUCCAGCGAUAUACCCUGCUCAAAGCAAUGAUUAAAGAAGUUAUACGGUUAGAAACGCAAUAUUGGACCCUGGUCGACAUUCCCAAACAAGAGAAACAAGAGACGGUGCCAGCUUUCGUUUUGCGAGCUUGUGCCAUAAUGGAAAAGUCGCAAAAAUCUGGAGAGGGCGUUAAGACGUCAGCAAAGUUGGCUGAGGAAGCGCAGGACAAACGGGAAAGAAUUGAACGCUUAGAAAAUAUGACAACAUCACUUAUUGAUGCUGAAAAUACACAGAUGACUAAUGACCUUUAUAGACUGUUAAAAAAAUAUUCUGGAUUGAGAAAUCUCAUUCGACAAUUAAAGACUGAAUACACAAACGCUAAAAUCUAUCCUAUGGUGAUACGUUACUCGAUGUUGAAGGAUAUGAUCAAGGAUAUCAUGCUACAUCCUGAUUACAUGGAAGUAUGCCACGAGGUGGAUGCAUAGCCCAGGUCGUU